AUGUCUUCCUUUGCCACGCAAAUUCCCGAGAUUGCUGAGAAGAUGAAGGAUGAUGAAUUCAUGGCCAACGUGAAGGAAGAAGUGGCGGCUACUAUCGAGAGAUUUUCCAGCAGAAUCCAAGAAGUUGUCCAACACCUCUUUACGCACCCCGAACUUGCUUUUGAGGAGUACAUCGCUCAUGACACUAUUUGCGAUUUCUUCGAAGACCUCGGUUUCACUGUCAAACGACAAGCCUAUGGCGUUCAAACUGCAUUUGAGGUCCUCACUGGUGAGGGUGGUAGGCUUGUUAGUAUUAAUGCAGAGUACGAUGCUCUUCCACUUGUCGGGCAUGCCUGUGGUCACCAUCUCAUCGCCUGUGCUGGCAUGUCGGCCUUCCUCAGCCUACACUUUGCUCUCAAGAAGGCAAACGUCAAGGGGCGGGUUCAGCUUCUAGGAACUCCUGCUGAGGAAAGUGGCGGUGGCAAGGCCGCACUGCUCAAGGGCGGAGCAUACGAGGGAGUGGACGCUGCGUUGAUGACACACCCAGCAACCCAGAGUAUGGUUGAUCCCAACCCGGCUGUGACAGGCUUGGGCGCUAUCAACUUCCUUGCUACAUUUCGUAUUACGGUGGAAUUUUUUGGGAGGCCUUCGCACGCCUCCCAAUCGCCAUGGGAGGCAAUCAAUGCAAAUGAUGCCGCGAUCGCAGCCCAGGUCAAUAUUGGCCUUCUACGACAGCAGAUCAGGCCAGUCGACCGUAUUCACGGAUGCAUGCUGGAAGGACCUCGCGCAGCGAACGUCAUAGGGGAGUAUACCAAACUGACGUACAUGGCUAGAAGCCCAACUAAGAAAACGGUAACGGCACUUGGCAAGCGGCUCACAGCCUGUUUCCAAGGCGCCGCGCUAGCGACAGGAUGUGAGGUCAAGAUCACACCUGAAACAUGCUAUGACGACUUGGUUCACACCAAAGCUCUGUUGGAAAGAUAUACACAGAUCGCAAACGCUGUGCCAGGCCAAUUGGUGUUACCUAUCAAUGACGAAUCCGGACCAGGAAGUACAGACUUUGGCAAUGUGAGCUAUGCCGUGCCAGGUAUCCAUGCUUUCUUCGUUAUCGACGCCCCCGCUGGGACUGGGCCCCAUCAGCAUGGAUUUGCCGCAGCAGCGGGUACUCAAGACUCGUUUGAGCGCGCAUUGACAGCGGGGUCCUUCCUGGCGCUAACAGCCAUGGACCUGCUGGUAGACGACGUGUUUUUCGCAACUGUUAAAGAUGAGUGGGAUACAAAUGAAAAGAUUGUGGAAAAUAAAGGGGCGAUCCAAGAGAGUGCGGAAGCGAUCGCGGGGCAAUGA